AUGAGUGACCUUAAUGCUCUAUACACUCCUCUGGAGAAGAUACCCCAGGUCCACGAAGGGUUGAAGAAAGCCUUCCGGUCGGGAAAGACGAGGCCCAUAGCAUUUCGCAAGACCCAGCUCCUUAAAUUAUGCCACCUUGUCCAGGACAACCUACAGCGCUUCAAAGAUGCGCUGCUCGCUGAUCUUGGGAGGCCAGCCAAUGAGACGGACUUCCUCGAGCUAAACGGUGUUCUCAUUGAAGUCAAGAAGGCAUAUGAUAAUGUAGAGAAAUGGGCAUCCACCGAAAAACCGCCCUUCUCGCUCUUUUGGUUCUCGAUGUCACCACACAUUCGUAAGGAGCCGAAAGGUGUUGUGCUUUUGAUCAGCCCUUUCAAUUAUCCCGUCUAUUUGUUGCUUUGUCCACUUGCGGCUGCCAUUGCUGCCGGGAAUGCAGUGCUCCUCAAGCCCUCGGAGCUCUGCACGACAGUGGCUGCUCUCCUUACCGAGCUACUUCCUAAGUAUCUCGACACGGAAGUGUAUGAGAUUGUGAAUGGUGGCGUUGAAGAAACGACAAAGAUUCUCGAACUGCCUUUCAAUCAUAUUCUCUAUACCGGGAACGGCAAUGUUGGAAGAAUUGUGGCCACCGCUGCAGCAAAGCAUCUUACGCCUGUCACUCUCGAGCUUGGAGGGAAGAGCCCUUGUGUCAUCGAUCCCGACUGUGACGUCAAAGUAGCCGCAAAGCGAAUUAUGUGGGGCAGGCUAGUUAAUUCGGGCCAACUUUGCAUCUCGCCAGACUAUGUUCUCGUUCCCAAGGACUUCCAGGACACGUUUGUUGAGGCGCUAAAGCAAGCUUACGAGGAGCUUCACCCAACAGACCCGCUGAAGUCCGGCAUGCUAUCGCGCAUUGUGAACGAGAGACAUGUACUGCGUCUCAAGCGCCUCCUUGACAAUACGAAAGGGACGGUCGUGUUUGGUAACAAGGUCGAAUUAUCAGAGCGGGAGAUCUUCGGCCCGAUAUUGCCUGUCGUGCCAGUCAAGGACGUAGAUGCUGCGAUCGAGUUUAUCAACGAGAGAGAUAACCCUUUGGUACUGUAUGUCUUCACGCGCAAUCGAGAUUUCAAGAAGAAAGUUCUGAACAACACGCUGAGCGGAACUGCAUCUAUUAAUGAGGUCAUCAUGGGCUGCCAAGCCGAGGGCCUGCCAUUCGGGGGAGUAGGCGCCAGUGGCUACGGGUAUACCACUGGCCAAGCGGCAUUCAACACUUUCACACACAUGCGGUCUACUGUCGAAAACCCCACCUGGGCUGACUCGCUCCUCUUGCAUGCCCGAUACACGCCGUACAAGAGCGCGCCGCUACGAAGGCUUACCUGGAUGCUUCGUCCUUCGAUCCCGCCCUUACCUAAGGAUUGA